AUGUCUCGCCUUAUCAUCAAAAACUUGCCGAACAAAGUUACAGUAGAAAAACUUAGAGAUUUGUUUUCUCAAAAAGGAGAAGUCACAGAUGUGCAAUUGAAAUACACAAAAGAUGGAAAGUUCAGAAACUUUGGUUUUGUUGGAUACAGAUCAGAAGAACAGGCUUCUGCCGCGAAGGAAUAUUUUGAUGGUACUUGUAUUAAUUCUAUGAAAAUUAAUGUUGAAUUUUGUGCCAAUUUGGGAGACGAAAACAAGCCCAGAGCUUGGAGCAAAUAUGCAAGUGAUAGUUCAGCUUAUAAGCAACUUAAUAAAACUGAUCAAGAUAAAGAGUUCAUAAAACCAAAAAAAGAAAAACUGAAUAAAGCUGAAAAAAAUAAAAUGAAAAUCAAGGAACUUCUUAAAAAGCAUAAAGGAGAUCCCUUAUUUGAAGAAUUUAUAGAAGCACAUAUUAAUGAAAAUACAACUUGGAUCAAAGAAGUAUUAGAAGAAGUUAAAAAAAGUGACAAUGACAAUAGCAGUGGUGAGGAAGCUGAAAAAACUGAAGAAGUUAAUGGUGUUAAUGAUGAAAAAAAUGUUGAGGUCAAUGCAGAAGAAGUUAUUUCAAACAGUGAACAAAAAGUAGCCAAUAAGCAAAUCAGUGAUUUAGAGUACAUGAAAUUAUUAAUGAAGAAAGUUGAAGGUAGGACAACAGAAAUAGGUGCUAGUAAAGAAGAAGAAAAGCCUAAGAAAAUUAGAAAUAGACCAUUGUUUUAUUGUAAAUUAACAGGAUUACCAUUUAAAUGCAAAAAGAAAGAUGUCAAGGAAUUUUUCAGACCACUGGUACCUUUUUCCCUCAGAUUACCACUUGGUAAGGGAAAGAAAUUGGCUGGAUUUUGCUAUGUUGGUUUCAGAACAGAGAAAGAAUUGAAAAAGGCACUUGCGAAGGAUAAGUUGUUUAUAGGUAACCACCGCAUACACGUGAACAAGUAUGAAAGCAAAUCAAUGAAAGAGGAAGAGGAAGACAAAUUAAAUGUAAAAAAGAGACAAGAGCAAGUAAAUAAUGAAGAAAGUGUAGGGGAAAGUGGAAGUAUCUUUGUGAGAAAUUUACCAUAUGUCGUUUCUGAAGAAGAGGUCACAAAGGUUUUUGAGAAGUAUGGGCCGUUAGCUGAAGUCAAUAUGCCAAUAGAUCCAAUUCUUCGGCAACCGAAGGGUUUCGCUACUAUCACCUUCGUUAUGCCAGAACAUGCAGUAAAGGCAUACUCAGAACUAGACGGAACUUCGUUUUGCGGUCGGAUGUUACAUCUGCUGCCUGCUAGAACGGAGAAACUGGAUAAAGAAGAAGAUGACAGCGAGCUUUCUUUUAAAGAGAAAAAAGCUAAGAAACUAAAAGAGCAAGCAAAAUCCUCACACAACUGGAACUCAUUAUUCUUGGGCGCUAACGCCGUGGCCGAUGUGAUCGCCGCUAACUACAAUAUCACAAAAGAACAACUACUUAGUGAUGUCAAUAAAAAUACCAGUGCUGCUGUCAGACUAGCACUUGGUGAAACUCAGCUGGUUGCUGAAACAAGAUCCUUUUUAGAGAGUAAUGGGGUAUAUUUAGACGCAUUUAAUAAGCCAGCCAAAAAACGUUCAAAAACGUGCAUAAUAGUCAAAAAUUUGCCAUCAGAUACACAUAAAGACGAAAUAAAAGCUCUCUUUGAAAAGCAUGGACAAGUCGCGAGAUUUUUAAUGCCAAAACACGGCAUCACUGCCUUGGUUGACUUUAUAGAGCCGUUUGAAGCCAAGAAGGCGUUUAAUAAACUGGCAUACUCUCAAUUUAAAGCGGCUCCGUUAUAUUUAGAAUGGGCGCCUGAAAAUGUUUUCGUAAAAACUGUAGAAACUAAAGAAACAGCGCCUAAUGAAACAGACAAGUUAGAAAACGUAAGUAAACAAGAACAAGAAAUUAGAACCAAGGAACAUUUGGAAAUGGAAGAUACUAAUUUAGUUGAAGAGGAAAUCGAAGAAACAACGGAUGUACCGGAGAACGAUAGUACUAUAUUUGUCAAAAAUCUCAAUUUCAAAACUACUGAAGACAGCUUAAAAGAGCACUUUAGAAAUUGUGGGAAAAUACAUAGUGUUAUCAUUGCUAAGAAGAAAGAUCCUAAGAAUCCUGGUCAAUUCCUUUCUAUGGGAUACGGUUUUGUGCAGUUUUAUAGAAAGCAACAAGCUACUGAGGCAUUGAAAUCGCUACAGAGCUCAAACUUAGAUGGCAAAACACUGGAAUUAAAGAGAUCGGAACGAGGAAAUGUAAGUGAACUUAAAACAUCGAAGAAGAACACUAAAGACACAAUUCAAAAUGGAACAAAAAUACUUGUUCGUAAUGUACCAUUCCAAGCGAACAGAAAGGAACUACAUGAGAUUUUCAGAGCGUUUGGUGAAAUAAAAACUUUGAGGUUGCCGAAAAAACUAACAGCCGGUUCUGACCAACAUCGUGGAUUUGCGUUUGUUGAUUUUCAUUCCAAAGCUGAUGCGAAGUCUGCUUUUGAAGCAUUAUGUCAGUCAACUCACCUUUAUGGUAGAAGAUUAGUUUUGGAAUGGGCGGAUCAAACGGAUGAGAAUGAAGAUAUUAAUAUAUUGAGAAAGAGAACAGCCGAAGCUUUUAACGCUAAGCUUCCAGGGGGCAAGAAAUCUAGAAAAGCAGCAGUCGAUGUUGAAACUUUUGUUGAGGGAGAAAAGAGUUGA